AUGUCUAAAAUCACUUCAUCUCACGUUCGUGAAAACGUUAAAAAAUUAUUAGAACAUUCUAAUGAAACUAAAAAAAGAAACUUUUUAGAAACUGUUGAAUUACAAGUUGGUUUAAAAAAUUAUGAUCCUCAAAGAGAUAAACGUUUCUCAGGUACUUUAAAAUUACCUCAAGUUCCAAGACCAAACAUGACCAUUUGUAUUUUUGGUGAUGCUUUUGAUGUUGAUAGAGCUAAAUCUUUAGGUGUUGAUGCUAUGUCAGUUGAUGAUUUAAAAAAAUUAAAUAAAAAUAAAAAAUUAAUUAAAAAAUUAGCUAAAAAAUAUAAUGCUUUUGUUGCUUCAGAAGUUUUAAUUAAACAAAUCCCAAGAUUAUUAGGUCCAACUUUAUCAAAAGCUGGUAAAUUCCCAACUCCAGUUUCUCAUAAUGAUGAUUUAUAUUCAAAAGUUACUGAUGUCAGAUCAACUAUUAAAUUUCAAUUGAAAAAAGUUUUAUGUUUAGCUGUUGCUAUUGGUAAUGUUGAAAUGGAAGAAGAUGUUUUAGUUAAUCAAAUUAUGAUGGCUGCUAAUUUCUUAGUUUCAUUAUUAAAGAAAAACUGGCAAAAUGUUGGAUCAUUAGUUAUUAAAUCAACUAUGGGUCCAUCAUUCAGAAUCUAUUAG